AUGCAGCGAUCUCAGCGACGGUCUACCAAGGUGUGCGUUCGCUGCCGGAAGCGCAAAACCAAGUGUGAUUUCAAGUUUCCUGCUUGCACGACAUGCAAAUCAGCAAACGCGACCUGUUUGGGAUUUGACCCUGCAACGAGAAAGGCAGUUCCAAGAAGCUUAGUUAAAUCACUUGAAGCUCGUGUAGCGGAACUCGAAACCAAAGUGCUUGCAAUUCGAACCGUCCCUCAAAAUGUACCCUAUUCCAUGGCCUCUAGAAUAGCACAAGCUACUAUUUCCUUCGGAGUUCCAAGCGCGGGGUCCUUCCUCCGCUCCAAAGUCUCACCAAAUCUUUUCUUUCGGCCCUCAUGCCCACCGCUUGCCGUUGUGCGAGAACGAGGUCAUAUCUCUGCCGAAGAACUAGUAUCCAAAGAUAAAUCUUGGGCUUCGGAUCGAUACAGUGGACACUCUUCAAAUACCCUUAUAGAUAUUAGCAGUGUGCCGCAUCUGGCUAUCCAGCAGAUGAUGGAGAACUAUGUCGAGACGCAUCUGCCACAGUACCCCUGUGUGCCGAAAGCGAUGUUGGAGAACAUUGUGAUGAACUCGCAAGAAAUACAAUUGGAAGAUACCAAAUCCUCACCUCCUCAAGCGAUAGCAAGCAGUUCGGGACUAGGCCACUUCGAAUAUUUUGUUUUCUUUAUUGCCCUGGCUAUCUCGGCAUUAACCCUGACCUGGAAAGCUGAGGAUCAAGCCCGAGCGGCAUCGGAAUCUUUCUUUAAUUCUGCGCGCAAUCAUCUACAAGCUUUACAGGAGCAUAGUGAGAUACAAGCCCUGCAGAUAUCAUUACUCCUAGCUCACUACGCUCACAUAGAAAGCCCGGACGGCUUGAAUUCGGAGCAAAAGCAACUACGCUCAGACCUGUUUUGGGUUACAUAUGGGAUGGAAAGAUCGAUGUGUACCAAUCUUCGACUCCCAUUAUCGUUCGCAGAAGAAGCAAUUUCUAAUAAGUUGGAAAUACCCACGGGCGAUGUACCCUCCUUUCUAUCCACCGAAGAUGACGUGAGAAAAAAGUCAUCCGCAACUCACAUCUACUUAUAUCGAGCGCUAGAAACCGAAGUCCACCGAGUCCUCCAUUUGCAAGAGGACUUGCAGAACUUUCGAUGUACGGAUUUUGAAUCUUGGAUUCAAAACAUCUCAGACCGAUUAUCGACGUGGUACGAGAAGGCGCAGUCAUGGACGCAAUACAAUAUGCUAGAGUUUAAGCAUGUGCAAUUCUAUCAUCUCCUAGUGCGAAUCCAUCGGCCUACACCUCGACUAAGAACGAGGACUCCUGAAGACCACCGUAUUGUUCUCGAAUCUUCUUUUGCACUAAUCGAGGACUAUCUAGGUCAGGAACGACGUCGAAGGUUAUUCUACCCAUGGCACGGUGUGCACAUUCUGUUUGAGACAGUGGUGAUUUCCUUAGAGGCCUGUUGGUCUUCUCGCAACUCGCCUUUGCUUGUAGAUCAGAUCAAGGAGAUGAUCGAGAACUCUCUUCCGAAAUGCGUUCAAACUCUCGCAAAAAUUGGCCACCGUUGGAAUGAAGCUGCUGCAUGCGCUGAUCGUUUGAGACCUUUGGUUCAAAAAGUUGCUUCCGCUAUCGCCGCAGGCACAGACCCACUGUAUCUUUCAUUCGAAGACAUUGCGAUUACUGAAGAGAUACACGGUUUGCUCUUUUCGGAUGGGCCACUAACGUGGAACCAAGGAGUGGAUGCUGACUUUUCCUUCGAAUUCUUUGAUGGGUCGCAAUUUUUGGAAAACCCUCUGUUUGACGGUAUGGAGGUUUUCCAAUGGGACCCAGAAUGGUACAUCGUCCCAGGUGUUACUUGA